GACAUUAUAACUGUAAAGGGCAAACUCAGUUGCAAAGCGUAGUAAAACUGCGUUGGAUAAUUGCAACUCGCAAACGGUGUAAUUUUAUAUUUAUUAAUAAUAUACGAUAUGAAAACAUUAACACGUUUUCUUAACAUGACAAUGUGCUGCUGUUAUUGAUUUAGAUUUCCAGAGAUAUACAAAGAGAUAAGAGGAAUGCAGGCGUUCUGAAAGAUUAUGAGUUCCAAAGAAAUGGAUCUGAGAUCAGUUUCAGAGUUGAUCUCAAAAGAUUUACAGCUUUCCCCAUUUGACAAAUGGAGUACAAGAUUAAGUAAAACAAAAACAAAAAUAGAAGACAAGAUUAUAUCAUUUGAAGUUUGUAACAUGGGCAUAGAAGAGGUGCAUCAAGCCGGAAGUAUAGCAGAGGGUACAGCAGUUGAGGCAAGUGACGCAGAUAGGAUGUUUCAGUUGAGAGGAAUAGAAAUUCUUAAGUCCAGGGAUACCUGUGUAAACGUGAAGGAGGGCAUUAUUUAUUUUGUAUCUGAUUCAAGUAGAUGUAAUCCGGGAUAUGUCAGACUGUUACCAAGUGAGCAUAACAAAUCCAUGUACCACACUAACUUAAAAACGGAUUUUUGUGAUUACCUUCAACCAAUGUCAGACGGGUCUUACUUGUCUAGUGAAUGGUUUCGAUAUAUGAUGGUAAGCUUAACGCAAAAUGACGACGAGUUCCCCUUUGAAAUAGUUCAACAUGGCCCAUGCACGAUGAUAAAAUACGAAUAUUUGUACCACGAUAUUGCCAGUAAGCGAGCGGUUGUAACAGAAUACGACGCAGCCUACGCUUUGACGUACACAGGUUGGCCAGAAGAAGCAAUCGAAUGGACAACAAGGGAUAGGAAAUUUGGCUGGCCUGCGCCUACAUUGAUAAGUAAAAUAUCUAAAAUGAAUUGUCAUGUUGUUCCUGUGGGUGAUUCUAGUUCUACGACAUGCUCACUAGAAUGGCGACAGUCGUUUCUGUUAUGCGAGAAGGAACUUAUCUGGAACUUCAACGAUACGCAAAUACAGUGCUAUGUGAUCAUGAAGAGGCUUGUCAAAACAUACAUUGAUCCUCUUGCGCCCGACCAGAUAAGCUCAUACAACCUAAAGACAGUGAUAUUUUGGGUAUCUGAGGAACAUGGAUUGUAUGAAUGGACUCCGGCAAAACUGCUUCUUUGUUUGAAGGAUUGUUUAGCACGUUUGUCGCAAUGCAUUGAACGUAGAAAUUUGCCUCACUAUUUCGUUAGAAAAGCAAACCUUUUCAGGCAUCGUUUCUUGUCGCCUCAUGAGAAAAUAGACGCAAUAGAAAAACUACGAAAUGUAACAGACAAUAUAGUUAUUUCGACAAUUAAUGCAGGUCUACAUCCGCAAUCAAAAAUAUGUAAACUGUGGAAAGAUAGUGGUAAAAAACUACCAAUGUUUCUGUCAGAAGGAGUCAAAAACGAAUUUUUAGAAAAUCACCGGGUGUCUUUAUUACUUCGGCGAAAGACUGUAUUACAUCGUGCAGAGUUUGGAAUAAUGAAAAGAUAUACUUCAAAUUUCACCUCAGAUCAAGUUAUUAGUAAAACACUCCAGUUCUUAAAUGAAAAACAUCAUGAUGUUGAUGAAGCAGUUGCCGCAAGAGCAAGGCAUUACUUGCACAUCCGAAGAGGUUUAGAACACCUACAAAAAGCCACACACUCAGAUGACGAGUGGAAAAAGAGACACCUUCAAGACAUGGCUUUGAGUGAAAUUGAAAAAGGCUCGAAAUUAGAUAAGUUGUCUGGACCACUGUAUCUUGCCACAUACUAUAUGUGCAUUAAAGAUAUCACAAAAUGCAUCGCUGUUAUUGAAGAAUGUAUAGCAAAUCUUCCAAGUAAAAUGUUUUACGCUGGGUACUGCUCUUCAAACCAGUUCAUGGAAAUCGAGAAUGGGAAACCCUUAAAGAAAACUGGGUUUGAUAUUCCACCCAACGAGAUAAAUGCUUUAGAAACAACAUUUGAUAUGCUUUUUGCUAAAGAAGAUUAUGCAGUAGUGCCAGCAUCUGUAGUAUUUGCAUGCGCACUUCUUCCACAGUACGGAGAAAAAUAUGUGGCCAUUCAUCCCUUUGUCUAUGCUUAUCAUCUUUUACAUUUUGCAAAAGUAUUAUGGGAGGGACCAAGUUGGCAGACAAAGGAAAUUCUUGACUACCUAGAGGAUCUUGUGACGGAAUUUUGCGACACACCGCACGUUUUCAAUUCUCUAAACGUCAUUGGCUUUUCACAAUUUCUGGUAGGAAACAAUUUGGAAGCGGUUGUUCAGUUUGCUACGUCUUUGCAAUUAACAUCAACUAUGCCGAAUGUUAAGAAUGGUGCUGCCUGGUGGCUGGCCAUCUUUCUUCAUGCUGUGCAGUCACCUUCAACGGAGACCUUUAGCGUAGCUGAAAUGGAAAUAUUGAAAAAAUUUCACUGAGCCUUAAAUGCCUUAAGCAAAGAAUUAAGGAACCUGGAACCAAGAAUGACCUUAAAAUUUGCAAAACAUUAUUCAUCAUUGUUUUUUAAGAUCUACACAGUCACUUAGAUGCGUUAGGCUGUCACACAAUUGCAAACUUGUUAUAAGUAUGUGUGUAUUAAAACAACAAAUCUCAUAUGUUACGACCACAAAAGUGCAUAUACAUGACGUAUUGUUUACAUUAAAAUCAUUUGCCCAAUACUAGAGAGUUUUAAUGUUGUAGCUGAGAGAAUUGCUUUGAAGUAUUCAAUAUGUUCAUUCAUAGAAAGCUCAGUUCUUGAUGCAUCUACUAUUGGCGACAGCUAACUCGGUAUUUCUCACUAAACUGUAUAUACCAUAGGAAGUGUUUUUCUUGCUGUAACAAUGAUGUAAAUUUAUAAAUUCCAAUUCUAGUAUUUCAGUAAUUUAAAUACGUUUUAUCAUUGUUGCCGUAAAAGACCCGACAGCCGUCCGAUCUGGUCCGUACUAAGACUGUAGUUGUGUACAUGCGGGAUUACUGAAUGACUGAAUGAUAAUGCCAUAUACAUUUGUAUGUUACAAUUAUGAUACAUCAAAAUCAAUUCUGUAUGUAAUGCUUGCUAAUUAUUCUACCAUUAACCGACUAUCUUAGAAUAAACUCAUUGUGUCAGUAAUAUGCAUGCAUUAUAUUUAACCACUCCUAACGGUACACCGCACCCUUACUUCUGAUGUUUUAUAUCCCUCCUUUCGUUAUUUGUUUUUUGGGGUGGGGUGGGGAUUGGGGAAGUAUAUAACGUACGUCCCGGAAUUUUGUGUGUCCAACUCCUAUCUGGUUUGCUGUGUGUAUUUUUACCGCGGUUUAGGCCUUUUGAUAUUCAAAUCUAAGGAAAAAAAUUAUGUGUCCAACUCCAUACUCACAAAUGAAGGAUCUUCGUGUGGAGAUGGCCUUUAAAAACGGACAUUUUUUUUCUGUGGUCAUUUUAUUUCUAGAAUUAUGGCUCUAUCUUCAUUUCACAAAAUAGACACAAGCGAAGAAACUAGGUGUUUUCAAACACGACCACAAAAGUGCAUAUACAUGACGUAUUGUUUACAUUAAAAUCAUUUGCCCAAUACUAGAGAGUUUUAAUGUUGUAGCUGAGAGAAUUGCUUUGAAGUAUUCAAUAUGUUCAUUCAUAGAAAGCUCAGUUCUUGAUGCAUCUACUAUUGGCGACAGCUAACUCGGUAUUUCUCACUAAACUGUAUAUACCAUAGGAAGUGUUUUUCUUGCUGUAACAAUGAUGUAAAUUUAUAAAUUCCAAUUCUAGUAUUUCAGUAAUUUAAAUACGUUUUAUCAUUGUUGCCGUAAAAGACCCGAUAGCCGUCCGAUCUGGUCCGUACUAAGACUGUAGUUGUGUACAUGCGGGAUUACGGAAUGACUGAAUGAUAAUGCCAUAUACAUUUGUAUGUUACAAUUAUGAUACAUCAAAAUCAAUUCUGUAUGUAAUGCUUGCUAAUUAUUCUACCAUUAACCGACUAUCUUAGAAUAAACUCAUUGUGUCAGUAAUAUGCAUGCAUUAUAUUUAACCACUCCUAACGGUACACCGCACCCUUACUUCUGAUGUUUUAUAUCCCUCCUUUCGUUAUUUGUUUUUUGGGGUGGGGGUGGGGAUUGGGGAAGUAUAUAACGUACGUCCCGGAAUUUUGUGUGUCCAACUCCUAUCUGGUUUGCUGUGUAUAUUAUUACCGCGGUUUAGGCCUUUUGAUAGUUAAAUCUAAGGAAAAACAUUAUGUGUCCAACUCCAUACUCACAAAUGAAGGAUCUUGGUGUGGAGAUGGCCUUUUAAAACGGACAUUUGUUUUCUGUGGUCAUUUUAUUUCUAGAAUUAUGGCUCUAUCUUCAUUUCACAAAAUAGACACAAGCGAAGAAACUAGGUGUUUUCAAACAUGACCACAAAAGUGCAUAUACAUGACAAAUUGUUUACAUUCAAAUCAUUUGCCCAAUACUAGAGAGUUUUAAUGUUGUAGUUGAGAAAACUGCUUUGAAGUAUUCAAUAUGUUCAUUCAUAGAAAGCUCAGUUCUUGAUGCAUCUAGUAUUGGUGACAGCUAACUCGGUAUUUCUCACUAAACUGUAUAUACCAUAGGAAGUGUUUUUCUUGCUGUAACAAUGAUGUAAAUUCAUAAUUUCCAAUUCUAGUAUUUCAGUAAUUUAAAUACUUUUAAAUCAUUGUUGCCAUAAAAGACUCGAUGGCCGUCCGAUCUGGUCCGUAACAAGACCGUAGGUGUGUACAUGCGGCAUUACUGACCUGCAGCUUUCUUGUAGUUAAUGGUGGUUCCAUCAACGAUAAACAUAGGUAUGCGUCGAAACAAUACCGACUAUUUUAUUUAGACAUAUAUCCGUGGUCUGUUUAUGUCCUGUUCGUAAAAGUAAAAAUUGAUACCAAAAAUAGUAGUUUGAUGUAGCCUCAUGUAACUAUUGCGUAUCCAAUUUAAUAUGCAAUUGAUUUUGCAAUGUUUCGUAGGUAUAUUAUCUUUUAAGUUGGUAAGUUUGUUUCAAUCUAAAACACAAAUAUUACCUAAUACACAGCAAUAAAUGAUGUUUCACGACCACGGGCUGGAAUUGUUUCCGUCUUUACUUCCUGUAAAUAUCUGGCGUGAAGGUCAUUUAAAAGCUUAUUUAAACUGUACGUUUUAUUUGGUGGAUAAAAAAUUCCAAAGGUUUUCGAAUGGAGUAGAUAAUAUUUUCUUAAGAGGUAUGCAGGUGCUCAGUGCUAGACAGCAUUAUCCGACCAAUAAAGACUACGCGAAGAUAAGCUAGUCUUCAGAACUUGUCGCUAUAUAUAGUGUGCACAUGAUUCCACUAGUAACGAGAGGAAGGACCUUUAGCUAGACAUCUUGACCUCCCUAAAUCUGUAAAUUUCGUAAUUUGCACGACCUUUCCAUGUUCACUAAUAUUCACGGAUGUUCAAUAAAACUUAAAAACGUAUAAUGCCUUUGUUUAUAAUGUGGCGUCUGAUUUCUUAUUAAUCCUGUUUUUCGACAAUUGGUUUCUCUAAUAUUUGUCUGAUUUGAUAGAAUAGGAAGUUUUAUUGAUAAUGCAAUUGGAAGUUUUAUUGAACUCAACAUUUUUACCUCCCUGUACGAUUCUUAUAGAAUAAGGUCAUGCGUAGUUUAGUAGACGCAACUUGACCCCGAUGGUUGACCUUUGUAUUAUAAUACAUAUUGAGACACAAACUAUUAUUGAAAAGUAGUGUACGUAAAAUACGAGCUGCAUGAGAAAGUGGAAAUAUAAAGUUGUGAAAUUAUAAAUUAGUGUAGUGGAAAGUUUUAACCGAUCAAAUGUAAGUAUACCCAUUUUGAUAAUGCUCUGUAUACAAACAAAUUCCAUAUAAAUAUACAUGACUACAUGACUACCCUAAUCACCCUUUAUUUCUACAAUGAAAUAACCGAUAUGAAUAAUCAGCCGAAGGUCAACCAUCGCGGUCAAGUUGCGACUACUAUAAUUAAAGUACCCUGUAAAUAAACAUAUUAACAUAUAUUUGAGCAGCUGUUUCAUUUGAAUUUAACAAAUUAAGAAUUAAAUCUCAAUGCGUAUUUAAGUUUUGUAUGAUGGUUUUUUCCGAAACUUUGGAUACAAUGUUCAAAGAUUGCAAAUGAAUUCUGUUUAAAUACAAUUCAGUUUACCAUG